AUAACCCUAAAUUUUUUAUCAGUUAACGAGCUAACCUCACUUUUUUACGCAAGAUGUUACAAAGCGGAAGACGCAUCGGGGCCUUUUGUGCGGCCGUACAAAAUUUAUCGUUAAAUCGGAUAAACCUUUUAGCUAGACACAAUUUAAAAUUUUCGCAACGGAGGUUUAAAAAAAGUGAUAGUUCCAUAUCAUCUCUGUUCAUUCCGGUGCCUGUGAAACCAAAUCCUGAUGAUAUUAACGUGGGGGCCGAACUGACAGGAAAGUUAAAUAAAGCUGAUUUGCUCAAAGUCCUCAAUAAGUUUUAUCAGAAGAAUGAAAUUAAACAAUUACUGACAGAAAAUGGGCUUGAUGCUUAUCUGCAACAUCAAGCGUAUGUUAGCUUUCGACGGUAUUGUCUCGAGGCCCAGAACUUACCUGUGGAUCUUCAUGUUGUUGUCAGUGAUAUUUUACAAGGGGCUGGGAAUGUUACAGACAUUUUCCCGUAUUUUUUACGCCAUGCCAAACAAAUGUUUCCACAUUUAGAAUGUAUGGACGAUUUGAAAAAAAUCUCAGAUCUUAGAACUCCAGCUAAUUGGUACCCUGAAGCUAGAGCUUUAAACCGCAAAAUUAUAUUCCAUGCUGGCCCUACAAAUUCUGGCAAAACAUUUCACGCUUUAGAAAGUUUUAUUACUGCAAAGUCGGGAGUGUAUUGUGGCCCCCUUAAAUUACUAGCGGCCGAAGUGUACAAAAAAAGUAAUUCGAGAGGCACACCAUGUGAUUUAGUAACAGGCGAAGAACGGAAAUACGCUGACUCUUCAGGGAAGCCGUCAUCUCACGUUUCCUGUACUGUUGAAAUGGCUUCAUUAACAGCACCAUAUGAGGUUGCGGUUAUUGAUGAAAUCCAAAUGGUCAGGGAUCCUCAAAGGGGUUGGGCUUGGACUAGAGCCUUUUUAGGGCUAGUAGCUGAGGAGAUACACCUGUGUGGUGAAGCUGGUGCUAUUGACUUGCUAAGUCAACUGUGUUUAACCACAAAUGAAGAUAUUGAAGUUAGGCAUUAUAAAAGACUGACAGAUUUAAAAAUAGAAGACACAGCUCUAGGCAGUUUAGAAAACGUUAUGCCGGGCGACUGCAUCGUCUGCUUCAGCAAAAACGACAUUUACUCAGUCUCACGCGGCAUCGAAGCCAUCGGUAAAGAAGUCGCCGUGAUAUAUGGGGGACUUCCCCCCGGGACCAAACUUGCCCAAGCCGCGAAAUUCAACGAUCCUGAAAACAGUUGCAAAAUUUUGGUUGCCACUGACGCAAUCGGAAUGGGUCUCAACUUGAGUAUUCGACGCGUUAUUUUCUACUCACUUAUCAAACCGACGAUGAACGAGAAAGGCGAGAAAGAAAUGGACACGAUUUCAGUUUCUGCUGCUUUGCAAAUUGCAGGAAGGGCUGGCAGGUAUGGGACACAGUGGGAGCAGGGUUUCGUGACCACUUUCAAACCUGAAGACUUGAAAACGUUAAAAACGUUACUGGAGUCGCCCCCUGAACCUAUAACCCAAGCCGGCCUUCACCCUACAGCCGAACAAAUCGAACUCUACGCUUAUCACUUACCCAACUCAACCCUCAGUAACUUGAUGGACAUUUUCGUCAGUUUAUCAACAGUUGAUGAUUCGUUAUAUUUCAUGUGUAAUGUGGAAGACUUCAAAUUUUUAGCCGAUAUGAUUCAACACGUCCCGCUGCCUUUGCGGGCCCGUUAUGUCUUUUGUUGCGCCCCCAUAAGCAAGAAAAUGCCUUUCGUGUGUACAAUGUUUCUGAAGUUCACACGCCAAUAUAGCAAAAACGAAGCGAUCACUUUCGACUGGCUUUGUCGCAACAUAGGAUGGCCUUUGCAACCCCCGAAGACAAUAAUCGACUUAGUGCACCUUGAGGCUGUUUUCGAUGUCUUGGAUUUGUAUCUGUGGCUAAGUUACCGUUUUAUGGAUUUGUUUAACGAACCCGAUUUGGUGCGAGAUAUGCAGAAAGAGUUGGAUGUGAUUAUUCAGCAAGGGGUGGUGCAGUUGACUCGGUUGUUGCGAAACUCGGAAACGGGGGUGAGUUCGGGGGCGCGAGUGGCCGAUGAGGACGAGUUUGCGUUAAGUAGGCAAAAACAGUCUUAUUUGAGAGAACCCAAGUCUUUGAUUGGGAGAGGUAGGUUGACGGAGAGGUUACUAGCGCAAGGGAUUUUGACACCGCAUAUGUUGCAUGAGUUGAAGAAGGAGUGGAAGGGUGGGGAUAAUAAUGAUGAUGAUGAUGAUAACGAUAAUGAGCCGAAAAAGACUAGAAGGAAACGAAAAAAAUAGGGAAUGUCAAUAUUAACAAAAUCUAUUUUUACAAACAUCUAUUUAACUAGAGACAAAAUUGUACAUUGAUUUGUGCUUAAUUACGUUCGGAACAUUCACUUUGAACGGGUUGUUAUUAAGCCACUUUUACAAUAAAAUAUAAAAAUAUAUACAAAAA